AUGGCUCUCGAUCUAAAUAAAAAUCAUAAUUAUAAUUUUUGUUUAAGUCGAAAACGUUGUUUUUUAAUACUUCUAUUAUUUAAUUCUAUUAUUGCUUAUACUUAUUACAUACAUGGACACAAUCAAUCUAAACAUAUAGAAAAUACUGCAAUAAAGUCACGACAUAUUAAUAUUAACUCUAAACAAAAACAAUAUUCAAGUGAAACUAUUCAACCUAUUGAUUUUAUUCGAAAUACACUCGAAAAUGAAUAUAAUUAUGAUGAUUUAGUAACAUUUUAUAAUCUUGUUCAAAAAGAAUUUUCCUUAGGUUUACGAUGUACAAGAAAACCAAUUAAACUUGAAACAACCACUCAAUAUAAUUAUACUAAUAAUACACAAAUCAAUAAUAAUAUUACUGAAAUCAGAUCAUUAUCUACAACAACAACAACAACAACAACAACAACUUCACAAAUAAAUCAUUCAUAUAUAUCUUUAUCUCGUCGUAAUCAUCGUACAAGUCUUUAUUCAUAUACAAUCGAUAAUUUUGAUGCAUGUUUAAAUGAAUCAAUUGAUUUACUUAUUAUAAUUAUAUCAAAAUCUGAUAAUUAUAAAACUCGUGAUGCUAUUCGUCGAACAUGGGGAUCAGGUAAAAAUCUUGGUAAUUAUUCAUCAAUAAAUAUGAAAAUAUUUUUUCUUAUUGAUUUUGAUGAAAAAUUAAUUUCAAAUAUACGUCUUGAAAAUAAUUUAUUUCAUGAUAUAAUACAAGUUGAAUUACCACCACAAUAUACAUUAGUUACAUAUCGUGUUUUAUCUAUAUUUGAAUGGUCAUUUCGUUAUUGUCGUCAUGCAAAAUUUUUAUUUAAAACCGAUGAUGAUAUAUUUAUUAAUUUAAUAUUAUUAUUAAAAUUUAUUUCACCAUAUCUUAAACAAAAUAUAAAUAAUUCAUUUCAUAUAUCUGAUAUGAAUAUUUAUGGUUAUAAACAUUAUCACCCGGGAGUUUUUCGUCAAGCAAAUGAUCCAGUUGGAGCUCGUUAUGUUAUUACUAUGGAUGAAUUUCCAUGUGCACAUUAUCCAGAUUUUUUAUCUGGUUUUGGUUAUUUAAUACCAAAAAAAGCACGAGAUGCUCUAGUUUAUGCAUCUUAUCAAGAUCCAAAUAGACCAUUUAGAAUUUCGGAUGUUUAUCUAACAGGUAUUCUACCAGAUUAUUUAUCUCUUCGACGUCAACCAAUGUUGGAUUAUAAUAUACGUUAUCAAGGAAAUUGUGAAAAUUUUUUUGAACAUCCAAAAUCAUUUGCUUGUGCUGUUGGUUUACAUCAUGGAGAUACAAGUGAUGUUUUUGAUAAAUUUAAUCGUUAUUGGCAAUGUGUAAAAAAAUUUCUUUAG